GAAGUGGCCAUUUCAGAAUGGAGCCUGUCCACCGCCGAGUUCUUCAGAAGCUCCGUCUGUAUUUAUGCGAGGAGCUGCUGGUGUCCGAAGGCGUGCUGUCCUUUUUGUAUCAGGAGGAGGUCGUGACGGCCGCGCAGGCGAACGACGUUUUGGCCGAGAGCAGCGAGAGGAAGCGCUGCCUGAAGCUGCUGGACCUGCUCCCCCAGCGCGGCCCCGGGGCUUUCGCCGCCUUCCUCGGAGCUCUCGACGACUUCGCCUGGGUCAGACAACGACUGCUGCGGGAGGAGCAAACCCUGAGGAACGUCCGGUCCCCAUCUCCCGAAUCUCCCACGUCCGCUGACGCCGACUCCGGCGUGGAAAUCCCGUCGGAUCGGCAACUUUCGCGUCUGGCGUCCGCCCUGGGCGCCGAGUGGGAGUCGGUGGCGACGGACCUGGGCGUGUCGCCCGCCGCCCUCUUCCGUUGCCGCGCCGACCACGCCCUCUGCUGCCGCGACGCCGCGCUGGCCGCGCUCUUGCUCUGGAGACGAUCGCAGGGGAAGAAGGCCACCGCGCGGAGACUGCGGCAAAGUCUGCGGGCCGCCGGCGUCCACCCGUCGGUCCUCGACGACGUCGCCACGCCGUGACCCGCCCUCUCGUCCGGACCGCUUUCGUUGACAUUUUUAACAUGCGCUCAAAUUUCGGAGUCGAUCGUAUUUGUCGAUGACGGGAAAAGCGUCAGUGGCCGCAUCGCCGGUAGAAGUAGAAAUGGUAGUCUGUGAAGAGCGCCCCCCCGAAGUGAUGGUCUGUACUGCAGUCGGCUUGGCCCUGCCCACGGGUCACAGCGCACUUUCAGGACACUUGCGCGCAAUGUGAUUUUCUUACCAAAUAUAAAUCCGCGAGAGCCAAAGCCUGCUUGGAGUCGCAUCAUUGUGUGCGUGUGCGUUUGCGUGCUUACGGCCACCGUAGAGCGAAAGUGGUACGAGCCGUGGUACAGGCGAGCCACGCGGAGCGGCCAUUCGUGCUCCCCCUGCAAAUAAAGGCGCGAGUCGGUCUGGGCCGCCGCUCGCGUAAGUCGAGGCGCGCCGGCGUUCACCUGCGUGUUCGGAGGGUACCGACCGCCGCCGAGGUUUCCGUCCCGCGGGGCCUCGCAGGUGGACGAUUCUUGAGAAGCGCACAGGUGCACCACCAGCGGCUCGGUGGAACUGAACACAACGCGAGAGCUCAAGCGCACGCGGGCGUUUUCGGCGGCGGCGUCGACUCGCCUCACUUCAUCAGGAGCGUCACUCGCAUGUUGAUCGGAACAAAAGGACUGACAGGGACUCGGAAGACAAAGCGGUCGGGUCUGAAGACGACAAGCGACACGGUAAAAUAAACAACCUCCCGGUCUUUUGUCGCGUGUUUUUCGCACACUCACCCGCACUGGUCUCGCACGCAAUAGCGGCUGUCGAUCACCUGUCGGUUCUCUUUAAUCACAAAUGACUCGAUAGAGGUGUUGGUCCCUGCCACACAAACACGGCUCGUUUGCGUCGUCCCCAAAAUGUCGCGGUCGGUCGUACGUACAGUCCGCGGAGCUUUGAAUGUUCUGGAGGAAGUCGUCUCGAUUUUUCUCUGCGCCAAAAAGAAACGGUCACUUCCCGUCCGCGGUCGGGUCGUCCGCCGCGCCGAGCGCUCACCCGCCGGAGCGACGUCCGAUGGGCCGUCGCGCCCCGCCGGCGAGGGACAGCAGUACACGGUGUUGCAAUACAGCAAGUGGCAGAAGUGCACGUCGGGCGGCCAGGGCCCGGGGGGGACGACGGGCGGUUCUAAAAGCCGUGGCGGAAAAGUUCAUUUCCCGCCUCGGGAAUCGUCCCCCCCCCCCCCUGCGCUCGCCGCAAAAGGAUCGGCUCGUUUGCAAAUUCCAGAGGGCGCCGCGCUUUACCUGUGCCGCCGCCGGCGCUCGCCGUCGUUCGCGCGGGAAGCACGCUGCUGUUGCUGCACGUAGAAAAACAAGCUUUCAAAUGGCAGUAUUGACAUCCAAUUCAGCCUUUUUUACUUUUCCUCCUCAUUGUUUUCUAUCGACUUUGACAGAAACCAUAAGCAAUCCCAUCUUACAUUCCUCCACUCAGGCCCGUAACUUCCUCCUUUUGGGAAAAUGAUUUGAUUGAGUGCGGCGGAACUCGACUCGGUAUUGUAGACUUGGCUUACCUGACGCCAGCGGAGUCGGUAUUGAGACGUGUCAAGUGGAGCAGGUAGAUGACGCCGAUUGCGAUGACGCUGUUGAGCGCACGUCAUAAAUGUCAGUCAAAAAGAAGUCGAAUACUUUCUGUUGUAUGAGUAGCAAGUAGAAGAGCGAUCGGCCGCCGGCCUUUCCCAGUUCAAGUGGAUAGGGCUUCCGUCGAUGGAAGCGAGACUAAAGACGAAAGGGAAGCCGAGUCGUCGCUCACCAAAAGGCGACGGCGAGGCACAGCGCGAGGACGCCGGCCCUGAACACCGCCCGCGACACGCAAACGUCGCCGCCCUCCUCGGAGGCUUUAGGACGUGCGUCCGGAGUCUGCGACGCCGGCCCGGUGCUUUGUUUUCUCAAAGUUCUGUCGGGAGGAGGAGGAGGACAGCUUUUCUUUUGAAGGAGGAAGAUCUGGAGGAAGCGGGCGAGAGGGAAACGAACGACUUACCCGGUGGAGCGCAGACUUCCCGUUAGACUCUUGAGCUUGGCCAGGCGACGCUUCCACACCUCCAACUCGGUCACGCGCGUCUCCAGGCUGUCGGCCAUCUUGGAGAGCUGCUGCACCGCGCCCACGUUCUCCAUGAAGAUCUGCUCCUGGGGGAGCCAGAGAAGGUCGUGAGGAAGGGGAGAAGGGAGCCAGAGGAGAGGGGGGGGUCGGACGACCUACCUUGUCCACCACCAGGAAGUUGUCGAUCUUGCGGCCGUCGUGACACGUGACGUCUCCUACCUCUUUGACGGCCGAAGGGAGGAGCUCCUUUACCUCCUGAGCCAACACGCCUGAAAGGUCGCGCGCGCUUGCAUUUAGAGCACCUACGUAUUCCUGGCCGCGGCUCCCCCGAUCUGACCUGUGCGGCGCGCGUCUUCGAUGCCCAUCUUGGCGGCAAACUCGGGUCUGUAGUCAAACUCCACCAGUCGCAUCUGCGCAAUCCGCCUGAGCUGCUCCUCGGGAUCCGCCUGCCGCGACCGCUUUCGGUCAGCUCGAUUCUAGACCGACCGAGCUCCGCGUCCGCGGACAAACCUCUCGGAUGUUGCGCUUGGCGCGCCGAUCCGACGGCUGCAUGACGCGUCCCAUGACGGCGGCGUUGCCGCACACCACCAGCGCCUCGUCGGGCGCGUCCGUGUUGAUGCCCACCCGACCGUGACACGCCACGGCGUCCCGGUCCGCCCCGCGCCGCCACAGGCUGUCGCCCUCCAUCUCGAACUGACCCGGGUUGGAAGCCUGCGCGCGCGUUAAAGAGGCCGUGAAAAAGCCGCAAAUGAAAAGGCCGCGGCAGUCCUCACCCUGACGAUGAGUCUCUCGGACACGAGGGCGGCCAAGAGGAAUGAGGACUCGGCAUCUCGGUCUUCCUCGCGGACCGCCGCGUACAAGCCCACCACCAUCUGGAAAUAUCUGCGCAAGGACGGUUAGCAUAGCACAAGCGCAAACAUGCCGGCCGGCGUGUUUGCGCUACUUGCGCUCUUAUGCACCUCUGGUCGGGGUUGGGUCGUCCCUUCUUCCUCAUGUUGUUGGAGGUGGUCUCGCCGAAGUGGAGGCGUCCCAACGUCACUUUGCUGGUUCCGCCACUCGCCACGUCCACCCUACGGAAAUGGAAACGAGUCGCGUCGCGGAGCCCGAGCGGACCGAGGCGUCGCCCACCUGACGGGCCGCAGAGGCUUUUUGCUGCGGUCGGCCUCAGACUGCUCCAUAGUCACGCGACGGUCGGGAGAGUCCAUCUGGCGGGAGCGUAAAUGCCGACAGGCGUCGCGGGCUAGCGGCUAGAAGCGGAGUACCUUGAUCCCGAACACUUGGAUUUCGAGGCGGUCCGGCCGACGCGCGCCGCCCGGCGUCCUCACGUAGGCGGGCUCUGCGGCCGCGCCCACGUGGACCGUCACCUGGAAGUGGUUCUUCUUCUGGCAAACGAAAGCGUCGUCCGCCGGCGAAAAGUUGAAGCCUUUGUCCGCGUCCACCGCCAAGACCGGAGGAAGCCUGACAACGGUGGAGGCGCGAUCAGAACCCGACGCCUAGGCAAUACGCUCCGUCUCGCCUAGGCGUCGCGCUCACAUCGCGCGCAUGUUUACGUCCAGGAUGACGUUCCAGUCGUCGGGUCGGAACCUCGCCCAGGUCAGGCGACCGCCGGCGACGGGUCCUCCUCUGGUCCCGUCGGGAUCCGGUCCCGACGACGAAUUCUGGGACUCUGUUCUUUUCCUUUUGCUUCCGUCGGGAGAGCUGCGGACAAACGCCGAGGCGCUCGUCACCGAGCCGGGAGACCGCUUUUCCGAGCGCUACUCCUCGCGGGAGCGCUCACCGGGAGGGGUAUUCCGGCGGGGGAGGCAUCCAGUAGCCGACGGCCGGGCGCUCGGGAGGGACGUAGCCGCGAUCGACGGGCCAAUAGCGGAGCUCCGUUUGGAAAUCUGUCAGACGGCACGCUAACGUUAGCCCGGGUCGGCGUUCGGUCGGAGCCGAACGAACCGCUGACCCGCGAUCUGCUCGGGUGAGCAAAUCUCCGACUCCGGAGGAGACUCGGGAAGCGCGCUAGCGACGAAACAGAAAUCGCAUCAGGGACAAAAAUCGACACGCUCGCUCGCUCGCGGCCGGGACAUCUCACAAGUCGCUGCUGAGGUACCGCUCCAGGAUGCUGGUAUCCACGCCGACAGAAUUGUCCAGAACUUGCCCGACGUCACGACCUGCGCGGGGAGAGCCGGUCGGUCACCUCCACAUUUCGACACGGAACGAGACGUACUCGCAAAAAAUACCGUCGGACGUCCGAUCGGCGUGAACGAGAAAGGCCCCCGGCAUUCCUAGUCUGCGCGGAUCGGACGUCCGUCACCGUCAAAGGCGGACAACCCGUCGGUGAAAAUUCCUAAUUGCGUGUGACCGCUCACCGCUAAAGAAUUGCCGCAGCGCCUCUUUCUCGCCGUGCACGCCCGCGGGCUCCAUGUUGGCCGGCGUGGAAUGGAAACGGACGUGCGUGAGCGUUGCUCGGCAACGGAACCGGUCGCACGCGGUACCAGGCAAAAUGCACGCAGAGUGGAGCGCGCCCGCCGACACCUGACCGAGAGACGAGUGUUGCCGGGCGACGGCUCGGACGUGUCCGCGUUUCACACCUGAAGCGAUACGAGCACCGUUGAGAGUCGGACACGUUUGCUCCGGCUCACCUGGCUUCCGGUCCAAAAUGGCCGCCUCGGCCGGAGUCCUCCGAGCCGACCCUACGUCCGAUCGUCGUCAGCGCCGGGCCUCGCCGACGACGCGCGUGGGACUCGAGACUCCCGUCUUUCGAUCUUUAAAGAUUUGUUUUCUUUUUUUCUUGAGGAACCAUUAGUGUUCGGAAGUCCUCCGUAGGUUCUUUUCUUCGUGCGUGGCGUCGUUCUCGUUUAUGACUUGUGGACUUUGAGCUUUGAACGGGAAGUAGGUAGGCUUAGCACCUGCGCGUACGUGCCCUGCCCGUCAUAUAAAAUGUGUCACGACCUCACUAAAUAGGGUCGAGAGGCCGGUCGGCGCACAGCAUUCAAACGCUUUCCGUUCCGUUCAAUGAUGUCUCUGUCGCUUCAUAAUGUACAGUAUUAGAGCUCUGUUUAUUGAAAAAAUAAAUAAAUCAUGAAGGAAGAGGAAGGUGGAUGACUGGAUAAAAGAGAAGAUUAUUUAAGUGAACUUGUUUCUCAAGGCCCUACUGUGAACUGGUUGGACUGAAUUUGUCAGUACAAUGGCAAACGAGGAUAAGUUGAUGUCUUGAGUGAAGCUGACGUGUGUGGAAGCCGGAGGUCAAAACGCCAGCACUCUUGACGUACCGUGCAGGCAACCUUGGGAACCAAUCUAGGAAACGAUGGUCCUCGGCGAUCAAUUGUUUACUUGUUCUUUUCGUCAGUCACGUCAGACCCGUGCCGCCCAUAAGGCAAUUCAAGCAACCGCCUAAGGGCGCAGCAGCAUCCAAAAAGGCGUCAAGAAAAAUAUUCAAAUGAUAUUUAAUGAAAGCAGUAUUCCAAAAAUUAUUCUAAACAAAAGAACAACAAAACCGUUCAUAAGAAGUCUUUAAAUAAGAAUGAAAUCAUUUUUCUAGUGUGUCUUCUGCCCAUUUCACCACGGACCCUAGUCUCACCACCCAGCAGACCAGCGAGCUACCAAAGGGGCUAUUUUUAGCCUCCGCAGUUGAGCGACGUUACGGUGACAUGUCACCUUCAUGAAAAGACAAAAUCCCUCGGGGUCAGAAGAAAAAAGACAGCAAAGACGUGAAGAAAAACAGAGGUUUGUUGCGAUGAUUUUUUUCAACUGCAUAUGCACGUAGACUUAGCGCAACUGCAAGCUAGCGGUUAUUCACAUAGAGCUUAUAUGACUUAGUGCUAAGGCAAAAUUAUACUGUAUCAUUAGCCAGCCUGUUGUUUUAGAAAUAUUUUCACUAUUCAGCCAGCUGUUGAUUAGUUUCAGUUCAAUUUACUCCCCCUCCCAUUCUAGAGAAAUUGGGACAACGUGUAUAGGAGGCUAAAAUUGUCUUGCUUAUUUUCAUGUGAUGUGAACCACUUUUACCUUGUGUUAAAUUGCGCUUUUCAAAUAAAUUUGCCUUGCCUAAAAGUGCCAAGGUUCAUUAAAUAAAUACACCAUUAAAUAUGGAAUGAAUCAUUUCAAAGUUCUGUGGUACUUAAAGUGCCACGGAUUUAAAUGCAAACAUUUUUUAUUAAAUGUGUCAUUAAUUCAUUAAAAUGGCAAUCACAUUCAUGUAAAAACAUAUUCAAUUGAAUCUUUUUUGUUGUUGUUGUUGCUAUCAUUUAUUAUUUAAUUCAUUAUUAUUGGAUAGUCCUGUGUAGUUGCCAUGCUUCAAGAAUGAAUUUUCUUUUAACUACGCCCAUCAAAGAUAGUGGCCCGAUCCAAUAGACGGGGUACAGUAGGCUGCAAAGAUUUAGGCGCUAUUAUGGUUAUUAUGUCAUGCUGGAUUCACAAUCAACAGCUUUCACUUGCUGCUCUUUGUAAAUGCUCUUCUGAAAUAUUUUCUGUCUACAUCCCGGGCCAUCUUUUACAGCCAACUUAUCAGAACCAAGUCCAAGUCCAGGAAAGAAGUGCACCUUCCAAAACAAUUGUCAUAUGAAAGUGCAAUAGAUGCUUUUGCAUCAGUGAAGACAAGGCGUCCUUCCUGACCAAGAAGCUCAACAUCACGGGAAAGCGGGUCAACCUGGCCAUCUGGGACACGGCGGGCCAGGAGCGUUUCCACGCCUUGGGGCCCAUCUACUACAGAGACUCUAACGGAGCCAUCCUUAUGUACGAC